AUGUGUGAUCGAUGUGAAAGCCGCAAAGAGGUCAUGAUCGAAACGAUUUUCGAUCAGAACCUCGCUGCUGUUGGUUGCCCGUUGCCUGCCUCUUCGUACGUCAUGGUCCUCGUCCUCGUGGAGUGCGAGGCAUGCGGCGUCCUCUUCGAAACUUGCCUCCGCCGUAUGUCGAAGCUUUCGUCGUAUUCCGUCCGGUUUUCCGCUCGUCGUGCUGCUGCAUCCCGCAUCGAGGUCACACCUCGUCCGUCUGUCGUCUGA